UAGAGCAAAGUAUAACGGAUUUUUACUCCAGUCCAGUUCGUGGCGUUAAUGCAACAUAUUGGAUGCCAACCGUCGUUAAACCUCACCAAAGAAGAAGAAAAUGCGCAACACAAACGUACAUUUGCUACUGCUAGACAGACUGUCAGUUGGAUUUUGAAGAAAGCAUACAGACUUUGAACAAUAAAAGGCUACCAGAGUGAGGACAGACAUUUUUCGGAAUAAACGUGUUUGAUUACGAAAAGUGGAUAUUGCGAGAAGAUCAUCCGUUUAGGCGGGGAACUUUACUCUAACGAACAAACAUACCAAUCCAGGAAAUCGUGUUUUGCUGCUUGUUACGGGAAAAGAAGACGUCAUGCUGCCUUCUAAAGACGUCUGUUGGUCCUUGAUAAUAGGGAUGGUACAACUUGCCUUCAUGGCUGUUCCUGUUCAAGCUCAAGAAUGCUCCAAACCCAUAGGAAAGCCCAACAUGGUUUUGACAGAAGCCUUCAUCACCAAAGAGACAUUUGGAGAGGGAACAACCGCAAGUUUUGAGUGUGAAAUUGGUUAUGUCCGUGCAGGAGGGUCUCGAUCAGUCACCUGUACUGCUGGAGUGUGGAGUACAGUGACAAUGACAUGCGAAUUAAGGCCGUGUGGCUCACCAGGAGAAGUGAUGAACGGCCGAUAUAAUCUCUCAGGGGUUCUGUUUGGCGCCAGGGCUGUUGCUUUCUGUGACACUGGCUAUAUGCUUGUGGGCAACGGUGUAAGGAACUGUAUGGUAGACGGCUGGGAUGGCAGAGUUCCUGUAUGUCAAGUGGUGAAGUGUGGAAAGCCCCCCACCAUUGUCAACGGUGGACUUGUUAUCCCACCUGAUGAAGAGUACCACUAUAGAAGUGUUGUGGAAUAUAGCUGUGAGAAGGAAUUCACUCUGGUUGGAACUAAAUCCAUAGUCUGUGAAAAGGACGGAGAAUUCCAGCCAGCUCCACCGGAGUGUAAAAUGGUUUCAUGUCCUGCUCCUGUUGUUGAGAAUGGCGUUAGGAUUCAAGGUAGUCUGCCCCCCUACAAGCACAAGUCUUUUGUGAUGUAUAAGUGCAACGAUGGAUAUAAGAUGAUGGGAGAGGCCAGUCUGACAUGUGAAAUAGAAGGCUGGUCAGCUUCUAUUCCCACAUGCAAAGAUGGUGCACCUGAUCCCACUAGUCCCCCAGCGGCCAACAACCACACAUGGAAAAUAGUAGGGGGUGUUCUAGGUGGACUUGGUUUUGUUUGUGUUAUAGGAUUUAUAGUCUACAAAUAUAAAGCACGUGCCAGGUCGUCUUACUUGCCUUAGUUUCCUCUUGCUUCGUUGAUAAGGGAGUCACAGUGAACAGGCUGCUGUGAUUUAAUGCACUACCCUCCUGCUUAUGAAUGCACCAGCCCCUCCCAAACACCGGGUUCAUUUCCUUUCAAAGGAAGCUCGAUCAUGUGAUGUUUUAGAAACCUCACGAUGAAGAAUGAAUUGGUUCUUUCCAAUUUGGAAGCUUGUGCUUAAUGAGUGGCCUAACCUGAUUAUUCAAUAACUAUUCAUGUUUCCAGUGUACUUCACAAAUAACUUUCUUUAUCUGAGCCUGCUUUCUCAUUGCCAACCACCUUAGUUAAAAUUAUCAUGUAUGUAAGCUGCCCCUUAGGGCAACCCUGCAUCACAAAGCCAGUUUUGCCCGCUCUGAAAUAAAGGAAAUCAUAUCCAUUAAGAUGCCCAGCCAGACUCCUAGUAUAGAACCAUAAAGUGCUGUCAUUUCUAAACAGUAAAACAGAUUUGUAUGAAAAUACCCUCAAAUGUGGCGUUCCGUACUGUCGCCUCGUAUCAAACAUUUGAUCUAAACUGCUGGAGUACAGAGCCUAAUUUAAGUUUUUUAGCUUCACUGACAAAAUAAAUACAUAGGGGAAUGUGUUUGACGCAACGUCUUAAUAUAAGUCAUGCCACCGAAGGUCAACAUGAUUGGUUAGCUAGAGCAGGUUGCAGGUGUGUUGAAACACUCAUAUCCUGGAGCUCAAGAGCAAAGAUGGUUCAAUGUGAAUCAAUUGCUUUCACCAAGUUUAGCUCUAGUCAUUGGCCUUAGACAAGUAUUGUGAUGUGAAUUCGAAAAGCUUUGUUUUACAAGGAGACCAUGCUUGAAACACCAGAGUAUACUUUUGAGUGUGUUUAGCUCUUUGAGGGAUCAAGGGCUCUGGCUCAUGAUCCAGCUUUGGAGUCUUUAUUUGAACUUCUAGCCUAUUUUGUAUUGUUCUACUGUAGAUAAGCCAAGGAAAGAUGUUUUUUUUUUUUUAAAGUAAAGACAUUUUGUUUUAAUAUAAAGGGGAAAUAAAUGGCUGUAAUGUUCCGAUGUCUUAUUUCCAGAGAUGAAUCAUGUUUGAGACUUUUUCCCCUGUAAACUGUUCUUGAAUGUGUCACAUUGAAUGUGUGAGAUUCAUUAUGGCAACUGGCUGAAGCAUAUUGAGCAAAUGUAGUGAAUUUUGAAAUGUUAAGAUUUUUAGCUUCUUUACUUUGCCUUAUCAAUGGAAAAGACAAAACAUUCUGCAGUUUUCCCUGUAUUUAUUUGAUGUCUUGACUGACUUUUUCCACUCCCCUCUUUGUUCCAUUGCUUGGUCGUCUCAUACUGGUGGUCUUUACAGAUUUUUUUUGUUGUUGAUGCAAAUGCGAUUUAAUUUCUAAUGUUUCAUGGGAUCUAAUCAAGUGUUUGCUUCACAUGAACCCAUGUUAUUUAGUAGAGCACAAUGUUAGGUGAAUAUAAAAGUAGGUUUGACUUUAAUUUAUUCUGAUCAAUGUACCCUACUAAAUAAACAGAGCAGUGUUAAAUGUAAAACAGCAUGUUUUCAAAAUGGAAUGAAAAUACAUGUUCCAAAAGGUUGUUUCAUUAUAUCGAAGACGACUAUCUAACCGGAGCACUUUUAAUGAAUAAAAUGAAGUAUUAAUGUGUGUUUAAGUAUAAUGUAGUUCUCACCACUGACUCUAAAUGCUCUACUUUACAUCUGUCUAUUACCAGUUUUAUUAUCAGUGUGGAACCACUUAAGAUAGUAAGUUGUGGUCAGCCAAUUAUGAAUGUUUUUUUUCUUCACGUUUUAUUUAAUGUACCAAUCAAUUAAACAGCGCUCAUUUAUACAUGAA